CAGCGGCACUGCUGCAGCAUCGCCCAGAUGCACGAGCACUACUCACUGGGCUACCCCGACCUCGACGAGCUCCAGAAGAACCCCCAGCCCCUCAUCUUCGACAUCGAAGUGCUCAAGAUGACGGAUGAGGAGAAGCUACAGGCUGUACCCCUGAUCCACAAGGAAGGCAACGAGCUGUAUCGGCAGGGCAAGGUGCAGGAGGCAGCUGCUAAAUACUACGACGCCAUUGCCUGUCUCAAGAACCUGCAGAUGAAGGAGCAGCCCGGCUCUCCGGACUGGAUCGAGCUCGACCAGAAGAUCACCCCCCUGCUGCUAAAUUACUGCCAGUGCAAGCUGCAGUGCGAGGAGUACUACGAGGUGCUGGAUCACUGCUCCUCCAUCCUCAACAAAUACGAGGACAACGUCAAGGCCUAUUUCAAGCGGGGCAAGGCCCACGCGGCGGUGUGGAACGUGGCGGAGGCCCAGGCUGACUUUGCCAAAGUGCUGGCCCUCGACCCCUCCCUGCGCCCCGUCGUCUCCAAGGAGCUGCGGAGCCUGGAGGCCCGACUGCGAGAGAAGGAGGCCGAGGACAAGAUCCGCUUCAAGGGCAUCUUCUCCCAGUAG